AUGUUUACAGCUAACAGGUUUCGGCGGUUCGACCUGGGUCAAAAGGCCGUCCAAGGCGUCCUCGACAAAUCUCUCGUGGGAGCGUUAGUUUCAAUAGCUUCAGUGACGCUUAUGGCGGUGCUCGUCAUAUCGGAGCUGCUGGCGUACAUCAAGGUGGACACCUCGAGCCACAUGGCGGUCGCGGACUUCCACGAGCACGACGCCGUUACCGCUCGGUUGCACGCCACGUUCCCCUUUGUAGAAUGCAAAGACUUGGAGGUUGUCACCGAUCAUCCUCAGGGGGGUGUUCCAAACUCGGAGGCGGUGUCGGUACACAAGAGACCAGCAUCGAAGGCCGAGAGAUAUCCCUUCCAACCGCAAGGUGGCGGCCUGGGCUGCACGCUGGAUGGGACGGCAACCGUAGAGAGGGCGGCGGGGACGAUCGUGAUCCACGUGAUGCACCACGACCCUUCUCGAGUCAUAUUCACGGGCAGGUUUCUUGCCCGGACGAAGGGAGAGACCCGGUCCGGUCCCAAAGCCGUUGCGGGCCAGAAUAUGACCCACAAGAUCCACGACUUUGGGUUCGGGCCUCCGGUGAAGGGACCGGUGGGGGUCGGAAGGAAUUCUUUGGCGAGGAGCACGUUCGUGUCGGAGGAGGGGUCGGGCUUGGUCAAGUACUCCUUGAAGGUGGUGCCGAUCUCACACCGACGUAUGCACGGGGCAGAGGUCAACACCCACACGUACUCGUCCAACGUUGCCUUCGUGCCAGAAGCUGCCGUGCUACAAGACCUGUCCUCGUCAUCGCUACUUUUGGGCGUCGAGUUCUCGUACGAUUUUACCAGCGUCAUGGUCAAAUACACCGACGCGAGGCGGUCGAUGUUCGAGUUGAUAACCAGCGUUUGCGCUAUCGUGGGAGGGAUUUAUACUGUUAGCGGUCUGUUUGUGAGGGGUUUGCAAGUGGUUUCGCCAAAGAAGCACGAUUGA